GAGGUCGAGAUGAAAACAGGUGCGGGCACAAGUUCGAAUAACUAACAGGAUCCAGCAGCAAGGGUUGCGAGUUUGGAAGCAAACCGUAUCGCAGCUGGAUGCUACCUCACAUGGCGGUGUCACCAGUGAUAGCGAUUCUUCUCCAACCAAGGUCGAACCAGCCAGAUGCUGGCCGCGGGAGACGAAUAAAAAUAUAUAAAACAACCCGAAGCGUGUGCUGAUACUAUUGGUUUCUUUCGGACCUGCUUAUUAAGUUCCGACGGUAGGCAGAAGUACUUUUAGGGGGUGGUCCAACAUCACCGACAAACUUAACCUCAUAUAUUUAAGAGACGCCUUACGACAGGAUGAGUUCUUUCAAUUCGUGCGAGCCUGAGAUCCCAGACUAUUAUGCAGAUUUAUGGAUACCGCAGCAGGCUAGCCUUCAAGAUAUCAAGGCGGCUUUUCGAAAGUUGGCGAGAAAGUACCACCCAGAUAAACAGGCUCCUGGCCAGUCUAUCGAUGCUUAUGAGUUUCGCAAGGUCCGAGAGGCUUACGAAUACUUGACGGAUAAGGAUAGACGGCAGGCAUACGAUGUUUAUUACCCCGAACUACGGGAUAGGUGGGCUGUCUAUAAGGCACGGAGACAACAUGAACUUAGGUUUGAAGAGGUGAGGCGAGCCGCUAGGGCAAAAGCGGAAGAAGAGAAAAAGGCGGCAGGAUACGAGAGAGCACGUGAGAUGGAAGAAGAAUUAAGAGCUGCUGCGGAGAGAGAAAAGAAUGAAAAGAUAAAAAAGGAGAAGGCAAGGCAGGCUGAAGAGCGCUCUCGGGAGGCGGCGCGGAGAGCCCGCGAGCAACAAGAGCAGGCCGCAAAAGAUAGGCUGCGCAGGCAAAAGGAAAAGGAAGCAGAGAAGAGAUCGGAAGAGGCGGUGAGAAAAGCUAGGACCGAACGGGAGCAGGCAGCGCAGGAACGGCUGAAAGCCAUCUUGAUCGAAGAAAAGCAGGAAGCUUCUCGUCGAAGCUGGGCUAAGAUGCGUGAAGCGGCAGAUCAAAGAGAAGCGAUAAAGCGACAACGAACCUGGCCCAGGCAGUCUAGGCCUAUCCAACGCGAGGAGGCUCGUCCCCUAUAUACCUGGAGAGAACGAAUGGCUGCGAAAGAGCAGCAGGAGGGGACCUCGCGAACUGCAUCUACGUGGGCGCAGCCGGAAAAUGCUGCGCGACCUACGCCUCCAAAUACGAAGUUGAAUACUCGCCACAGCUGGAGAGAAAGAACCUCCGCAAAAGUACCAGAUGAGGGCCCUCCACGAGCUGUACCUCGGCAGCCUUUUGGGAGUACCUCACCCAGAUCUACUUGGCGAGAGAGAGAAGCGGCUAAAAACUCCAAUUCUCCCAGAGCUGUAUAAAAGAGAAUGAAUCUCUCGUAAGAAUUCAGCCGUCUCGAACCUCUAGAUAGCAUGAGGUAUAUCAGCAUUGUAUUCGUACCGAUAUCUAGCGGGAGAUGCAUUUCACAAAGCGUGGUCGCUGGAAAGGGGUUCACCCUAGGGGUGACGGCUGGGGUAAUUUCAGAAUAU